GUAACGUAACACACUAUUUUUCAAGUCCAGUCUAAAAAUAAUGAACGUUAUGAAAUUAAUUAUAGUUUUGACACUAGCCUAUUUUCAUAUUCCACUCGCAAAGUGUACCACAAGAUUUAACAUUAACCUCAAACAUCACAUCGAUCUCUCCUAUGGAAGUCCUGCGUAUAAACACUGUGAAUGCGGACGUCGAAAUACCAACCAGCCUCAAAAUACACGAAUUGUCGGCGGAACCGAAGUUUUCGAGAACGAAUAUCCAUGGAUGACGUUAAUAAUUGGAAACGGUUCGCGCCUGGUAUGCGGUGGCUCCCUCUUAAACGAUCGUUACGUCCUAACGGCAGCCCACUGCCUUCUACGCGGUUUCAGGCAAAAUGAAAUGAAGGUCGUAUUGGGGGAGCAUGACAGGUGUAACGGGGAUUUGAAAACCGUAGUGUUCUCUGUAGAAAAAUUAAUACCACAUCCAGAUUAUCAUUCAGGAACAAAUUAUGCGGAUAUAAUGUUAUUGAAAUUGAAUAUGCGAGUCACUUUCAACGAAUAUAUAAGACCAAUUUGUCUACCAAAUAUACUAACCAGAACAACCACAACAAUAAAAUUUAAUGGUAAAACAGUUUCUGCCCUUGGCUGGGGUGAGAAUGAUAUAUCGAAAAAAGUUUGUACGUUGCAUAAGGUCAAAUUAAAACUUUACCACCCUAUAGACUGCCCGACUAAAGUUUCCACGCUACUUUGUGCUGGAAUUUCAUCUGGGGGACAGGACGCGUGUCAGGGUGACAGUGGCGGUCCGUUACAAAUUUUGAACGACAAAGGAAGAUACGAAUUAAUUGGUAUCGUUUCCAAUGGAAUUGGAUGCGGUGAUAAGGGAUUUCCAGGUUUUUAUACAGACGUGGCACGUAUGAUAACGUGGGUGGUAAAAAUUACAACACGAGACUCCAUGUAUUGUUGGCGUUGAUAAGCUUGUUACUCGCGUAACGUGCUGUACUUUAUAUCUAUAAUUGUUAUCGCUGCAAUUUUUAUAAUAAUCAAUUAGAAGUUAGGUAUAUUGUAUGAAUUUGAAGGUACGCGAUAACAACGACGGAAUAAUCGCCCGGAAGUCAUUG